AUGAUACACUGCGGAAAGAAACGUAUUUGUGCUGUUGUCACAUGUAUUCUUAUUUUUGCAACUGCUUUAAUCUGUUCCUGGAAAGAUCCUCAGCUGCCGAAUAACAUAACUAGAAAAAUCUUCCCCCAGGCAACAACUGCCAGUCCAGCAGGUCAGCUUUGUAGGGGAAAACCUGCCCAAGAUGUUAUAACACCAUUAUCAGAUAACAGAACUUUUAUUAUAUCCCCGUACUUUGACAACAGAGAAAGCAAAGUCACCCGUGUGAUUGGGAUUGUUCACCACGAAGAUGUAAAACAGCUCUUCUGCUGGUUCUGCUGUCAGCCCCAUGGAAGGAUCUAUGUAUCAAAAGCAACAAUCGAUGUUCACUCAGAUAGAUUUGGGUUCCCUUACGGAGCAGCAGAUAUAGUUUGUGUGGAACCCGAAAACUGCGACCCAACGCAUGUAUCCAUUCACCAGUCUCCACUUGGAAACAUUGACCAGCUGCCGAGCUUUGAAAUCAGAAACCGCAAGGCUGAGCCCUUCCCUGUUGACUUCACCGUGUGCAUCUCUGCCAUGUUUGGCCACUACAACAAUGUCUUGCAGUUUAUACAGAGCAUGGAGAUGUACAAGAUUCUUGGGGUACAGAAAGUGGUGAUCUAUAAGAACAACUGCAGCCACCUGAUGGAGAAAGUCUUGAGGUUUUAUAUGGAAGAAGGAACUGUAGAGAUAAUUCCCUGGCCAAUAAACUUGCACCUCAAGGUUUCUUCUAAAUGGCACUUUUCUAUGGAUGAAAAAGACAUUGGCUACUAUGGACAAAUCACAGCUCUAAAUGACUGUAUAUACCGGAACAUGCAGAGGAGCAAGUUUGUGGUUCUUAAUGAUGCUGAUGAAAUAAUUCUUCCCCUUAAGCACCCGGACUGGAAAACCAUGAUGAGCAGUCUGCAGGAGCAGAACCCAGGGACUGCCGUUUUCCUCUUUGAGAACCAUAUCUUCCCAGAAUCCGUGUCUACUCCCACAUUCAACAUCUCAUCCUGGAAUACUGUGCCAGGUGUUAACAUAUUAAACCAUGUUCACAGGGAGCCCGAUAGGAAAGAAGUUUUCAAUCUUAGGAAGAUGAUAGUUGAUCCACGAAAAGUGAUUCAGACGUCAGUCCACUCUGUCCUACACGCUUAUGGGAACAGUGUGAAUGUUCCCAUGGAUGUUGCCCUCAUUUAUCACUGUCGGAUGCCCCUUCAAGGAAACCUUCCCAGAGAAUCCCUCAUCAGGGAUACGACACUGUGGAGAUACAACUCGUCAUUAAUCAUGAAUGUUAACAAGGUGCUAUAUCAAACUGUACUGGAAGCUCAAAAGCGAAAGCCCAGUUAG